AUGCCUCCGGAGACGUCGACACCAGUAAAAGCCUCCCCGUGUUUGAGACGGGCAGGGCGGCCCGGACGCUCAGGUUCGCCUUGCGGCGGCUCUACUGGUGCCGGUUCGGGCCCUGAUGCUGGUUCUCCAGUCGGCCGGCGGUCGGUGGUCGCCGCGGGCAGGGAGAAGGGCGACGGCAAGACUAAGGGGCAGACGGAGUACGAAGAGGAGGACGAUAGCGACGACAGCGAUGAAGAUGGCCACGGCGAGAGGAAGGUGAGCAUGCUGAGGAAGACCUGGACGAACGAGGCCUGGGAGACGUACUACACGGAGGUUAGGGUGGGUGGCAGCGGCGGCGGUGGGAGCGAGACCUACCGCUGCGGAGACUGCGCGAUGUUGGAGACCGACUCGGGAAAGUACCCGGCUGAGAUCGUGCACAUCUUCAAGGACCGGCAUGGCGAUGAGUGGGUGGAGGUUCGUUGGCUCUACACCAAGGCGGAGAUCGAAGAAACCGUGCCAAAGAGAUGGUGGCCGGACAUGAAGGACGCCGAGCUGCUUGAAACGAACGAUGUGAUCGCAAACCACCCGGGUUCGAUAUGCUACCCAGUGAGGGUUCACUCCCAUGAGCACUACAUGGAGAAGGAGAAAGCGGGGGAGAUCGACGUCGACACGACGGAGCCCCGGGACUUCUUCUGCCGAAAGUUCUACGACGUCCGCCUCAAGAGGUGA